AUCAAGUAGACGCUCCCACCCCUAAAACAUUCACACAGAUGCUGCUCUUUACAGAAAAACACAGGAGAACCUAAGGAACUAUGGGUUUAUUUAACAUGAGAACUUCAAUUCCUCUAAGUGAGUCAUGGAUCUCACUUUGUGGCAGUACCAGUUUCGAAUCAUCAUGCUAGGAGACUCCACGGUGGGCAAGUCAUCCAUGUUGAAGCGAUACACAGAGGACCUGUUUCUGGAGUGCAUCAACCAGACUGUCGGAGUAGACUUCUAUGUACACUUUCUAGAGGUCGAACCUGGGGUGAGGGUCAAGCUGCAAUUCUGGGAUACAGCUGGUCAGGAGAGGUUUAGGUCUGUGACUCGCUCCUACUACCGUAACUCAGUCGGAGGUCUUCUGGUAUUCGAUCUGGGCAACCGUAAAUCUUUCGAAAAUGUGCAGCAGUGGCACGCGGAGGUGUCAGAACGUGUGCAACCCUACACAGUGCUCUUCGUGCUGGUGGGACACAAGAGUGACCGGGACAAGGACGGAGAGCGAGCCGUGAACCGAACUGAGGCAGAAAAGCUUGCAAGCCAACUGGGAGCGCCGUACAUCGAGGCUUCAGCCAAAACGGGUCACAACGUGAAAGAGACCUUUGAUCUCUUGACCCGGAGAGUUUAUCAGGGCUUGAAAAGUGGAGAGAUCCAGUUGCGUGAUGGGUGGGAUGGAGUCAAGAGCUCAGCUCCUACAGCCCAAAUGACCCAGAAGAUACAAAACAAUGAAGCUGCUGAGAAAAACAAGAGCUGUUCUUGUUAACUUACAGUAUGUGGUUCUCGGAGCCUUUGAGUACAUAUCUUCAAAUAGGAUGGAUCAGACCAACAUUGCCAAAUAUACCUAAAACAAAUCUCAAGGACUUUAAGAUGUAAGAUUGUAGGUAUUAAAGUUGAUCCGACAGAUCUUUCCUCAUGGCAUGGAUAAUAUAUGCUUUUCUGCAAGAUUUCAGCAUUUGCAAGCCACACUGAAACUCUUAACAUUGUUUACAUACAUCUGCAAAUUUGAUUUCCAAAUGUUUGUUCAUAUUUCUGGGCUCAACUUUGGAUAAACGUGUUAUUAGCGUGGCAUCAGUGUAACUCCAUCAGUUAAAGAUUAUAACCCUUUUUAUUUCCUCAUUACCUUUAGUACAUGUCCAUGUAAUUCCAUAAACAUUGAUUUAUUUUUGUUGAUACAGAAAGGGCUUCCUGAAAUUCACAGAAUUCAUAAUUACAUGACAUUCUGAAGGAUUUAAGAGCUAAUCCUGUGGAUUUGUAAAUGAUGUUUGACUUUCAUAGAUAUUCAUUUAGAUAUUCAGUUGACACACAGUCUAGACACAUUGCUGAAACAGUUUGUCUUGGUUAUUAUUUAGGAUAUGAUGUCCAACAUAAUGAGCGAGUUCAGUGUGAAUAAAUCACAAUUAGUUUUUUAUUCAUGAAAAACAGGAGACUGUAAAACACUGUGAUACACGGCCAAAAAAAACAAAAACAAAAAAAAAACAGUUUAUACUCCGUUUAACUCCACAAAAAAUUUUCAAAUCUGCCCACAGCAGAUGGGAUUUAUACAUCAUUUCCCACACAUCACAUAUAUAUCCCCCUCUAACAAUUAACAUCUGCAUUAUGUCACUAUUUCCAAUGCAAUUAAUCACAUGGGGAAGUGGUAUUUAUUUCUCUGGUAAAAAUGACUGUUUACCUUUAGAAAGUCACACACUAAGGAUUUCUCUAUAGUACUAAAUAUUACUUAAGUGAUGAGUCCUAUAACACCGAACAUUAUAAACAAAUCAGACAACAUGGUGAUUGUAACUGUGCAUAGCUACUAAUGCCAGCUGAGCAGAAGUUGUGUGACUGCAUGAUGGGUCAACUAUACAUGUAAUAUGAAUGAAAAUGUGGUUUGUGGGUAAAACAAUAAAAAAAAAUUGUUUUUGACAGA